UCGCCGAGGAGCCACCUCCAAUCCAAAUACAGCGUCUCCCGCCCCAAACAGACCCAAGUGAACAGCGCAGAAAGAAAGUCGACGCGACUCGCGCGUUUCGUUGUUUCGAGUGAAAUCAGUGUGUGUGUGUGUGUGUUUGUCUUAUGUUUUGUGGUUUGUUUAAACGAAAUACACACAGCCAGAUGCAAAGCCCAAAGAGCCAAAAAUAAAGGCAAACGAAAACAAAAAGCUAAACGAUUCGAAGAAGUGUUGUGACCGUUGCCAAUUGCAAGUGUUUUCAGUGAGGAAAGUUGUGCAAAUAAAUAAUAAAAAAAAGUACAAAUAAAUCCAAAAACAAGCUCCACAUUCAUAGGCAACUCUUAUUCGCUUACAAGCAGGACAGCUAAUCAAAAGACCAGCCCUUGGACAGACCAAGACCAACAACAUAAUUCAAAUAUGAAGUUACUCGGUUUGUGCCUGUUGCUGCUGCUUGCUGGUGCUUGCCACGCCUAUCCCGCAGAAGACAAAUCGCUGUCACUGGAGGACACCGACUUGGACAACGAGCAGGGGGAGAGCGUUAAGGAAUCACAGAUUGCCAAACGCUCCGGCAGCUUUGACUAUGUGGCGCAUCUGAAGUCCGGCCUGCUGUCCAGCAUUGGACAGGCAUCCGCCUCCAUUGCCUCAGGCAGCUCCGGCGGCAGCAGUGGCGGCGAUAGCUACAAAUCCCAUGAAGUGCAUGUACAUGGCAAUUCGGUGGAAUAUGAUCCCUGGUCGUUCAAAAAAUCCGUGCUGAACACCAUCUUCCAGGCGGUGAAGGCGAUCACGGGCGGAGUGACGGCACUGAAGGGUCAGCUCAUCAAGGGCAGCGGUUAUGCGUUGAGUGCCGGUGGCAAUCUGGUUGCUGCCGGUGGGGACAAGGUCACCGAUGUUGGUAAAUCCAUUAUCAAUUCGGCGCAUAUCAAUUCGCAUACAUAUGCCACUGGUCACUCCAGCGGCAGCGUUACAUAUGUCCAUCCAUUUGCCAAAUUGAGCUCGCUAUCGGGCGCCUCCUCGUCCGGCAGCAGUGGCAACAAGCAUUCCGCAUCGGCGCCAGGUCCCGCGCUCCACACAGAGACAAUCACAACCUAUGAGAUACCGACGGGCCAUUCCAACUACGGGCCGCCAUCGAAGCCACCAACGUAUAGCAGUGCCACACAUCAAUAUCUACCACCGGCUGGCUCCAACUAUGGGGGUGGUGGUGGCGGGGGUGGUGCGCCGUUUAGCCUCAACCAUGCGGCAUUUGAGGCGCCACAAAGCAACUAUCUGCCAUCACCCUACGGACAAGAUGCCAUCAGAGAUGAUUUUAGCAACAACUAUGGACGCCACACGAAACUCUCGGAUGACGAGGCACGGCGAGCGGCACUGCAGCUGCAGGAGAUCCUCAGCAUGCUGCCCAAUGGCAAGACGGAAUAUACUGCCUCCAAGACAGUGGCACUGGACACAAGUAAUGCUCCGCCCACUGGCUCCAAUGUGGAGCAAGCGGACCUGUACAAUAGUUAUGGCGUGCCGCUGCCCCAUAAUCUGGGCACACUGGAGUCGCUGUCGCACACGGAGUCGAUUACAGCUGCGUAUGCACCGCCAAGUCAAGGAGCCGCCGACAUCUAUCAUCAGAUGGCCAAAAAGCCACAGACCCCAGAGGAGGCAUACAUCCAGAAGCAUCCCAACGAGGGUUACGACUAUCAGCCACAUCCGGCAUCGGGACCAGCUGCACCACCCGCACCCACCAAUGAAUACCGCGUAGAGAACUAUCAUGCCAGCAAGAGUAAUGCUUUGAAGGAUCUGUCACCCAUCAUUGCCGCUCUGGAGGUGGCCAAGCGCAAGGGUCCCGGUAGUAGCAAUGGUCCCGUCACCUACGCCAUUGAGAAACAGGUGCACAAGACGACGCCGUUCCAGUAUCUGCCGCCGGUAGUGCAAAAAACCAAGUAUGUGUAUAGCGCACCUCCGCCAAGGAACAGCUAUAGCGGUGGCUACAAGGUGCGACGUCAUGUGGGCGCCAAGCGAACCUCAAGCACCCAUUCGCGGGCGCAGGACUACGAGAUACAGGAUCCGCUCAUGUUCAAUCGCCUGCUGUACGUGUAGGCCGGUGCGGGGUGGGACCGGUUGCAAUAUACGAUGUAACCCACUAGUUAUAGUCCUCUAAGUCAUAUGCAGCAUUUAUCUAUAGUUCGUCUUAACCUAAUUUAUAUGUCUUAUAUCUCAAUUGCUAUCUGAUCAUUAUUUGUUGAACUCUCGAACGAUGGAGAAAUGGAGAGGCAAUAAACGAGUUGCAAGAACAAACCAAACCGCACAGCAUGCAUCCAUAUAUACUACAGCACCCCAGCUCUCUC